CCCUGAUAGAGUCUAGAGUCUGAAGUCGGAAGAGUGGCAUCUUUACCCCUAAAGAUUUUCACAUUUCCUGCUAAUUUCAGUUUCAGUCCCACGCGAUGAAUAUUUACUUUUGUGGCAGCAUCAGAGGGGCAAGGCAGGAUAUGGAGAUUUAUCAAAAGAUUGCGAAGAAGCUGCAAAAUUAUGGGCAGGUUUUGAGCCACGAUGAUAUAUCUGAGAAAGGUGUGGAGGCUGUACCAGGAGGAGACGAGGCUGUUUAUGACCGUGAAAUGGAGUGGCUGGCUCAGUCUGAUGUCAUAGUUGCUGAAGUAACCCAACCAUCUUUUGGUGUGGGUUAUGAAAUCGGUCAAGCCAUGGCUUUAAAAAAGAGGAUUCUCUGCCUUUUUCGUCCCUCAUCAGGCAAAGUGCUGUCUGCUAUGAUUCAGCGCGCUAAGGGGAAGUUGGGAAGCUCUAUCUUCCAGGUACGGGAUUAUGAGGAAGAGGAAGUUGAAGUUGUCCUCGAGAAUUAUUUUGGUGAAUUCACCAAGAACUAAUGUGCAUUUAAUUAAUAUAUAUGGCCAAAUCAAUGUGCACACUACACGAUCACACUCAGAAGUUCUCUGGGUAAUUACUCUUAUGGGAAAUCUUUCUUUGGAAUGUGGCCGUAAGGAUUUGUUGUUUUAGCCACGGUUGCAUUAGUGAGGUCGGGCACUGCUAGUGGGGCGAUGAGGUCUGAUACUCAGUCAGCAUUUGAGUUCAUCCCAGGUCAGAAGAUUUGGUGCAGGUACAGGCAAAUCAUGUCUUCUUCAAGCUCACUUUCUGCACACAGGCAUUGUCAUUGGAAUCUGCUUGGCCCCUUAGUUUUAUUAAAUAAAAAUUUCUACAGCAAACAAAGAGAUCCUGUACAAAUGUGUGCUUUUUGGUACCAGUUUGGUUAGGAACACUACACACAUUAUGGGUGUGAUGGUCAGGUGUCCAUAUAUUUUUGGCCAUAUAGUGCAGAUCACUCAUGAUAUAAUAUAUAAUUUCUUUAUCCAGUUCUGUAUAGAACACUGUUUUAUAUUUAGAUAUUUUCAGUUAAAUAGUCCUGAGGUACUUUUCUAUAAAUGACUGACACAUGAUGCAUUUGCCAUUUAUUAAAAUAUGGUUGUCUCUCAAAUUGAAAGAUUUAAUGCAUAUAAAUGUUGUGAUAUUUCAUAUUAAAGUGUUACCAUUCA